UUGUGGCUCUCUCCUACUUGGCACCGAGAGAAGUCGCUGCACUUCUCCUCCACAGAAUCAGUCACGCCGGCCCGAGGUUCCCGCUGAGGAUCUGUAAAGUUUUCCGAGCUCCAGGGAGUCUCUCUCAGAGCGUGUGGGGGCGGCGGGGCAUCGGCAGCAGCAGGGUCCGCGCUGCGGUGGCCGCUCCGUCCCGCUGAGCGCUCGUAAUUAACCGGGCGGGCGGUGAAUUAAAUCUUUGUCGAGCCCACCGAGCGGGGGGUUCCUGCAGCUCUUCUGCAGCCGGUCUCGGGCGGCUGGGAUAACCUCGGCAGCGGCGGCGAGCGAGAAGGGGGAGCCGGCUGGACGCGGCGGGAGAGCCAAGCCCCCGCUCGGAGCGAGUGCGGGGAGCUGCGGUUGGCGAUGGGCGACCUGUGCGGGGCCCGGCCGCGGCUGCUGCUGGUGCUGCUGCUGCUGCCGGCGAUGCUGCCGCCGCUCCGGGCGCGAGAGCUGUCAGUGGAAGAAUGCUGUGACAAGGGUGUUGAAUGGGCAAACAAAAACAGAAUGUGUGCUUCUCUGCCACUGAUAUCCGAGUCCAGAGAAUGCAGCAUGAGCCAGGAGCAGUGUUGCCACAGCCAGCUGGAGAAGCAGUCCUGCUCCGACGGCGUGGAAUUUGCCAACGUGCGCGAGGAGUGCGACUCACAUGCUGCUGAGAAUUCCACCUGCGAGGCCCAGUACUUCAAGACGUGUUGUUACUGUUGUUUGCUGGGAAAGGCUGCCCAAGUUCAAGGACAGAGCUGUGACCCCAACCCGAAGAUGGGACACCAGUGUGGAAUUGUCUUUAGAUCUUGCUGUGGGAAAGGCCCAGAAGGCAUUGAUCUGUCCAUCAGCGAUGAUGCUCCUAAAAAACAACAAGUUGAGAUUUCGAAGGAGGAAUUAGACCAAGAAGAUCCUUAUCUGCAUGAUGGCUGCAGAGGUGGUGGGCCCUGCUCUCAGCAGUGCAGAGACACAGGAUCCAGCUACGUGUGCUCCUGCUUCGUUGGUUAUCAGCUCCAGCCAGACGGGAUCACCUGUGAAGACAUUAAUGAGUGCAUCACUGGGACACACAGCUGUGGGCUUGGCCAAACCUGUGUCAACACCUUGGGAUCCUUCCGCUGCCAGCGGGACACCAGCUGUGGGACCGGCUACGAGCUGACAGACGACAGUCGCUGCAAAGAUAUUGACGAGUGUGAGACUGGUACUCAUAACUGCCCCCCCGAUUUUAUCUGUCAGAAUACUCCAGGAUCCUUCCGUUGCCGACCCAAGCUACAGUGCAUGAGUGGCUUUAUACAAGAUGCGCUCGGCAACUGUAUCGAUAUCAACGAGUGCCUGAGCACCAACACCCCGUGCCCGGCUGGGCAGAUCUGUAUUAACACUGACGGCUCCUUCACCUGCCAGAGAAUCUCCCCCAGCUGUGGCCGAGGGUACCACCUCAACGAGGAUGGAACAAGAUGUGUAGAUGUGGAUGAGUGCUCAUCCCCCAACCAGCCCUGUGGGGAAGGACACGUGUGUAUCAAUGCCCCGGGCAAUUACCGCUGCGAGUGCAAGGCCGGCUACACCUUUGAUGUCAUCAGCAGGACCUGCAUUGAUAUCAACGAAUGCAGACGCUACCCAGGCCGCCUCUGUGCUCACAAGUGUGAGAACACUCCUGGCUCCUACUACUGCACUUGCACCAUGGGAUUCAAACUUUCAGCUGACGGGAGAUCAUGUGAAGAUUUAAAUGAGUGUGAGAGCAACCCCUGCAGCCAAGAGUGUGCCAACGUGUACGGCUCCUACCAGUGUUACUGCCGCCGGGGCUUCCAGCUCAGCGACAUCGACGGCAUCUCCUGCGAAGACAUCGAUGAGUGUGCUCUGCCCACCGGAGGGCACAUCUGUUCCUUUCGGUGCAUCAACAUUCCUGGGAGCUUCCAGUGCACUUGUCCCUCCUCUGGCUACAGGCUGGCACCCAAUGCACGCAACUGCCAAGAUAUCGAUGAGUGUGUUGCAGAAAGCCACAACUGCUCUUUCAACGAGACCUGCUUUAACAUCCAGGGCGGCUUCCGCUGCCUGUCCCUGGAAUGCCCGGAGAAUUACCGCAAGUCAGGAGACACUGUGAGGCUGGAGAAGACAGACACCAUCCGCUGCAUCAAGUCCUGCCGGCCAAACGACGUCAGCUGUGUGCUGGAUCCAGUCCACACCAUCUCCCACACUGUCAUUUCACUGCCCACCUUCAGGGAAUUUACAAGACCUGAAGAGAUCAUUUUCCUUCGUGCUGUCACACCUACGUAUCCGGCCAACCAGGCAGAUAUCAUAUUUGACAUUACAGAGGGAAAUUUAAGAGAUUCCUUUGACAUCAUCAAGCGUUACAUGGAUGGUAUGACAGUGGGUGUCGUUCGCCAGGUGAGGCCCAUCGUUGGCCCCUUCCACGCCAUCCUGAAGCUGGAGAUGAACUACGUGAUGGGGGGGGUGGUGUCCCACCGCAACAUCGUCAACGUGCACAUCUUCGUGUCCGAGUACUGGUUCUGAGGAGCCCUGCACCCCCAGGGCCCGGCCUGCAGCAGUACCACGAGCUACUAUGUCAUAUACUUGUUUGUAAAACCCAAUAGUGUUCUUCUGUUUGUUUUGUUUUUAAAUAUUUGGUUUAUAGUUUAAGACAAAUAGCAAGCUAUUACGUUGGUUAGACGUAGGGUGGAGCGGAUUAAGGGAGCCUGAUGUAGUUUGUCUGUAUAAAUAAG